CUAUCCCUCGGAGCAGAGGCCGCCUCUGAUCUAUCGGUCUGCGCAGGGGUCACACGGGGCAUCUCGCACACCAUCAUGGAUCCCUACCGCACGUCCCGCCACGACAGCAACCCCUCGAGCUUUCCGCCUCAGGACCCCUACGAGCACCAGCAGCAACAGCAGCAGGCGAACAAGCGCGCACGUAUGGACUACGGCGGGGUCGCCGCGGGUGGGGGGCUCAGGGUGGGUGGUAGCAUGGGACCUGCUGCCGGCGUCCCCUACGGUGAUUACGGAGGCAUCGCCAUGGACGGCGGCGGCGGCGGCGGCGGCGGCGGCGGCGGCAGCGUGUUGGGCUACCAAACCCCGUUCGAGACUUACGGAGAAGGCAGUCGAGGUGUCAGCGGAGGAGGAGGAGGAGGAGGAGGAGGAGCAGCAUCGACAGCAGGAGGAGGAGGCGUGCUGGGAGGGACAAGUUACUACGGGGGUGCCGGCGACGGGCUGGAGGAAGUCCGAGGUGGAAUCGUCGGCGGCGCGGCCGCUUUUCACGGGACCUCUGGCGUCGGCACGGCUGCAGCGCUCUACGGCAACACCAGCAACACCGGCGGCGGCGGUGCUGGAAGGUACGCCGAGUAUCCGGAAGCAAGCGGCGGAACUACUUACGGUUUGGGUGUCCCAGGGACCGCCGCCGCCGCCGGUGGCAGAGGCGUUGCAGCGACUGGAGGUUACGGCACUAGCGGAGGCAUAGGCGAUCGGUACGGCGGCGGCGGCGGCAUGCAGGAGAUUGUCCCGGCCGAUGGGUACGAGGACGUGAGGAGCGGGAUGGUCGGGGGCGGCUACAGAACGACCAACUACAGCAGCGGCACCGGCGGGGGCUUCGCGAUGGCCGGGUCGGACGGAGCCGGGUACGACGGCGGGCGGCGGGGAGGGGGCAGCGCCCUCCCGUACGAUAAGUACCCCAGCGACUUCUACCCCAGCGGUGGGUUGGGUACCGGCGGCGGGAGCGGAGGAGGCGGCCGCGUUUGGCCCGGGUCCUCCGCCGCAGGGAGAGGGGGCAGCGGCGGGUACGGCGUUUCGAUGGGUGCAACCGCAGGGGUAGGUGGUGCUGGCGCCAGGGGUAGGGGCCGGGACCCCGGGCGAAUACGCGGCGAUGAUGCGACAGAUAUGCACGGCACCGGCGAUAUCGCAAGCACGAUCGGCAGUAUUGCGAGUAUGCUUGCCGAUGGCGGCGGGGGCGGGGGUGCCGUCGAUGAUGGUGGUGGGGGGCCCAAGGCUACGCCUGGUGUCGUCGACAACCAUGCGGUAGAAGAAGAUGACGGGAUCGAGGACGAAGGCCCCCUGGGUGGCUGGACGGAGGUGGAAAGUUGGGAGUUCGCCAGGCUGCCACUUGAGGGCAAGACCCGCAAGCCGUGCCCCCGGGAAGUGAGCGGACCGAUCCACGUCUUCGACGGCAAGAGAAAGCCCGGUGCCACGGGGUGGCCCCCCGGCAUCACCUGGAUGGUCAGCGAGACCUACAAGGGUACUCUGGAGGGGAUAAACUGGCCGCCCUCGCUCAUUGGGGUGGUGCUCACUGGCUUCAAUCGUCCAAUCAAGCACGUCGACUGGCCCGAGGGGUUGUUGGAGCUGUACCUCAGGGGACCCUUCGAUCAGCCUAUCGAAGAAGCUCGCUUCCCGGAGUCUCUCAAGACACUAUCCUUCGGGGCCUGCUUCAACCGCCCUGUCGAGGAGGCCGAGUUCCCGCAGGGUCUGGAAGGCCUAUUCUUCGGGGAUAAAGACAAGGGCUACGAGCGGGUCAAAUUCAACCAGCCAUUGGCGGGCAUGGCAUGGCCGGCCUCCCUCAAGCAGCUCAGCGCUGGCCAGGCGUUUGAUCAAUCCUUGGAGGGCGCUGAUUGGCCGGACACGCUCGAGGUUAUCAACAUCAUGGGGAGCAAGAAGCAGCCGGUGGAGGACAUAGAAUGGCCGCCCGGACUGAAACAGAUCCACUUGAGCGGACGUCUCCGCAAGGAGUGUCCCAAGGCGGCGUGGCCCCGUGGCUGCAAGGUGUACGCCUGGUCCUUCUCUAACAGGGCCGCGGUACAGCCGACGCCGACCUUCGGCAAGACAAAUGUUGGUCUAAGCAACUUCUCCGGCCACAACUCGGAGCAAGUGAUGUUCGAGUACUGAUGGGUGUCGACCUUUGAUCAGGUCUGACUAGACCAUUGCAUUGGCGACGGCCCUACGUCAUGUGGCAUGUUCGAGCGACGAAUGGAUGUAUCCAUGGUGGAGUUAGUCGCUGAGCAAGGAAGAGUGCGGCUCGAUGCCAAGAGUGCAGAAUAGCAAAGAAAGAAUGCGAGGCCGAGUUUUAGAAAAGUUAAGAAGAAGCGCGAGCGGUAGCGCAGAGUUCCACGCUAAGUCCCAACUUCCAAGCAUAAAUACAUAUGCAGCAGCAAUAAAUAUGAAAGAGUGUCAGGUCGCGCGUUAUUUUGUGAAAUCUGAUGAUCAGCACGCGCCGUGGUAAACAGCAUGUUCAUGGUGUGGUUGCGUCACUACCUGGUAUCUCUCCGCGGCUAUUAGCGCAACAGCACCGAUUGUAUUGGAACCUGGGCCUCUUGUGGUCAAUAGGGUUGGUUGCCUAUGAAAACAAAGCCGCCCUUGCACGUAGUGUUGGUGUGGUCUCAUCGUCAUUUUCGUUGAGUCAUUGAUAUUGUGUCAUUUUCAUUGUGUCAUUUUCAUUGUGUCAUUUUCUUGUGCAACUGCUGGUAUACCGAGCCCAAGAUUUGUGUUAUGCUCCGAGCGUGUGAAGAAGCUCAUGGUAGGCGUUUUUCAUUUUUUUCAUGUAUCAUACCAGUUGUGUGUUUAUUCUCCUAUCAUUUUCCUCUUGUCCGUCUCUUCUCUAAUCCGUAGCUUAACGUAUGCACAUGUCCUCUCAUUUUUUGUCGCUUUUGAGUUUUGCGGUUGUCGCAUGUACAUACUGCUUUAUUUUUCCAUAGUCGUACCUUUUUUUCUCUUCCUUGUCCCGGUAACGUCUUGGGGGGGUGGGGAAUAGUAUACAACACAGUACAUGGAAUACGCACUCGUUGGUGAUACCUCUGGUUCAGUUGAUGGGACUGACACCAACAGAGUGGGGGGGGUAGGGAGGGGAGGGGGGGGGGGGGGGGCACNGGGGGGGGGUGCACAGCAUAAUUGGCAGUUCAAGAGGGGUAAGGGAAGAGACAAAAGGAGAGAACAAGAUACACAGAGAGAGAUUGAGAGCGUGUGCUGGGAGGAAGACUUGGUGGCAUUGAGGCAUUUUGGCGACGUCUGGACUUGUAGUGGGUGCCCUGUCAAUAAAGUUACUAAAGUCACUAAAUGGAGUAGUGCAGUGAGCGUUGGGGUACAAAAUAUUGCGAGGGGUCGAAAUACGUUCGUCAUUCAUGCACCUUCGGCGUAUGUAUGAACAGGAGACAUGCGAGGGGCUACAAAUUGGAGUACUCAGUUGAUUUGUCAUGGGGUGCAUGUUCAGUCCUAGGGCUACAACGCGGUAUGAUAACAUCCAACGGAGGGAAAGGGGACGGGGGGAUUCGGGUGAUGGGGAGCAAAUGGCGUGGGAGCGACGAGCGCGUUGUACGGCGGUGUAUGCGUACGACAUCCGGAGGGAGCAAGGGGGGCGGACGGGUUCCGUGUGUUGAAAAGGACGGUCGACGUAUUGGUAGAGGUAAUGAGCCUUCUUUCUUUCUUUCUUUCUUUGUGAAGGGGAUGGAACGCGAUUCGCAUACAUGAAGGUCGCCUUGGACGGCGUGAUGCGCUUGGUGGCGAAUGAAAUUUGAUCGCUCGGCAGCACACCAUCAUGUCAUGUCAUGUCGUCACGGGGUAUGGGAAGCAGUCUGUAGACCGUGCUGUGCCUCUCAUGUCUGAAAGGUUGUUAAGAGGGUCUGUCCCCUGGGUUGUUCUUGAAGUACUCAUGCAUGUUUCGCGCUGGUCAGGUUUCUGAUAGCAGAGACAGCGAACGGACGCAAUCUGUCUCGCGCUUGUUAGAUUUCCUGCAUGCACGGAUGUUGGGUACAAACGGAUGCGCGACCUUAUGUGUCUUCCGUCGAUUCGAUCGUUCUCGGGGGUUUCAGCACGACACGAUAGACGUACGUCCGGUAGGGCGGACAACCCCCGACCCCGUGGCUCUGAUUCCAUCCGCCCCUCAUGGUUUUGUAGCUCGGCGAAAGCCAGCUUGCGCGCCCGACCACGUUCGUCCGUUCUGUGCUGGCGAGGAAGAACGAGGGGGGCGCGGUUCAGUCAACUUGUGUUGUGUUCGGGUGGUGAAGGUUAUUUUUGGCUUUCCUUGAGGGCGGCAUUUUGCGAAGGCAGGGGCAGGGGAAUGUAACACACACAUCCACCGAGCACAAGCGCCCGUGGCGAGUUGUGUUUUGGGUUGGAUGCGACCCCUGCCCCCCGAUCUCUUUUUAGCCUCCCGCGAGGUACUUUGUUGUACUAGGGGGUAAAAGCUGUAGGCGGGAAGGACAUCUUCCUGCAGUUUGUGCUGUCGCCGUUCCGUGAGUCGG